AUGGUCCGUCUCUUCCCUCAACGCUUCAGCUCCAGGAGCAACACGCCCUUACAGCAGAGUCGAAGCACCAGCCCCAUGAGGUCCCCCACAGAAUCCUCGCUCGCCCUGCGAGUGACCGUGGUCAAGGGAAGAGACUUGGCGCCCAAGGACAGAGGCGGCACAAGCGACCCGUAUUUGAUUGUCUCUCUGGGAACCUCGCGCCAGUCGACGCCGACCAUCACCAAAUCGCUCAACCCCGACUGGAACGUAACCUUUGACCUGCCCGUCUCGGGCGUCCCCUUGUUGGAAUGUGUCUGCUGGGAUCGCGAUCGGUUCGGUAGGGAUUAUAUGGGGGAAUUCGAUAUUCCUCUCGAAGAGAUCUUUUCGGACGGCGAGAUCCAGCCACAGGCAAAAUGGUAUACAUUGGAGUCAAAGCGGAAAAGGGGCAAGAAGAAGGAGAGCGUGGUUUCCGGCGAGAUCCUGCUUCAAUUCUCGCUGCUCGAUACCUUCAACCCCAAUGCAUCUCCCUCCGACACAUAUCGCAAAUUUAGGACCAUUGUAUGUGCUGCCGAUGAAGACGACGACGCAGCCCUGCCGCCUGUCCCGUGGAAUGACCAGGACGACAAUGACAAAGAUGAAGAAACCUCGGACGAAACAGACGACCCUAGCAAACCGGACGUGGUCGAAAAGCGAAGGCGUCGGUUACGCAUUGCCCGCCUAAAGCGGAAGUCGAUUGCCGCCAGAGCCUACCAAUUCUCCGGCUCAUCCAGUAGCAUGGAUGGUAUUGUUUUUAUCGAAGUAAAUAGGAUUACCGAUCUCCCACCAGAGAAGAACAUGACUCGUACAUCUUUCGAUAUGGAUCCCUUCGUUGUCACCUCUCUCGGAAGAAAGACUCUUCGAACCAGAGUGAUCCGCCAUAACUUGAAUCCCGUAUAUGACGAGAAAAUGGUCUUUCAGGUCAUGAAGCACGAACAAUCAUACACGAUAAGAUUUACCGUCGUUGACCGGGAUAAGCUGUCUGGAAAUGACCUUGUUGCGACUGCUGAGUUACCGCUUCUCGCCCUUAUCUCGGCCGCCCCUGAAGCCGACCCAGAGACCGGCCUGUACAAACUCCAAGAACCCCCGGUGUCCGGUCGGUCGAUGCACUCUCAGAAAUCUCGUUUUCGGCUGCCCUUGUCCCGCACUACGUCCUCUACCAGUAUAAGCAAGUCGUCAAAGCCAACGCUAAUCUCGAAAACUUCCAACGCCUCGCUUUCUAGCAUGGUUCAGCCCGAACCAUCUCCAACUCCUCCAACCAGCAUUCCCACUGACAGUAGCAAUUCACUCCUCGCCGUUCCUGGUGCCACUACACCAAAGACAGAGGAAAGUGCAAACAUUGGUCAAAUAACUACCGAAGAUGAAGACCUCAGGGUUUAUACAAUUCCCUUGUCAUUGAAGAACAAGGAUCGCUGGGAAGACAAAUACUCUCCACAACUCUUCAUCAAAGCUAAAUACAUGCCGUAUAAAGCUCUCCGGCAACAGUUUUGGAGGGUUAUGCUGAAGCAGUACGAUGCCGAUGACAGCGGUCAAAUCAGCAAGAUAGAAUUGACCACAAUGCUUGACACUCUUGGUUCCACACUGAAAGAGUCCACGAUCGAUGAGUUUUUUUCCAGGUUUACGGCUGAAAACCAGCCGAGUGAAACGGUGGAAUUGACAUUUGAUCAAGCCGUCGUCUGUUUAGAAGAUGCCCUUCAGAAGGUGCAAAAGCGCAAUUACGGUGGGGUCGCUUCCAAGCUUCAGGAUUUGACAUCAAAUGCCCUCGCUUCACUAGACAUUCGCGGCCAAGGCGACUCAAGUGGUACUGAUACUGCCCCUGAAAAUACGAUAGAAGGGGUAUCACAAAGCGAGGCCCGGCAACCGGACAUUACCAACCAGCCAGAAGCCGAUAGCCCGUCUCCUGGGUACGGGGAUCUUGCUCCCGACGAUCUCAUAGAUGAGAGGGGCGAAGAGCACGUAAUCGAGAUCGCAGAAUGCCCCUUAUGUCACCAGCCGCGUCUAGGCAAACGAUCUGAUGCAGAUAUCAUCACUCACCUCGCCACUUGUGUCAGCCAGGAUUGGCGCCAGGUUGACAAUCUUGUCAUGGGCGGUUUUGUCACGUCUAGCCAAGCGCAACGGAAGUGGUACAGUAAAGUUGUUACUAAGAUCGGCUACGGCGGUUAUCGACUGGGUGCCAAUUCAGCCAAUAUUCUUGUUCAGGACCGCAUUACUGGCCAGAUCAAUGAAGAAAAAAUGAGCGUCUACGUUCGUCUUGGAAUCCGAUUGCUCUACAAAGGACUAAAGAGUCGCGACAUGGAGAAGAAGAGAAUUCGAAAGAUGCUCAAGUCCCUUAGCAUCAAACAAGGUAGAAAGUACGAUGAUCCAGCCUCUGCCAGCCAGAUCGAAAGCUUCAUCAAUUUCCAUCAGCUUAACAUGUCCGAGGUACUGGAACCGCCGGAGAAUUUCAGAAACUUCAACGAAUUCUUCUACCGCAAACUAAAACCCGGGGCACGUCCUUGUUCAGCCCCGAACGACCCGAAUAUCAUAGUUUCUCCGGCCGAUUGUCGCAGUGUCGUUUUUGACCGGAUUGAAGACGCCACAAAAAUUUGGAUCAAAGGACGCGAGUUCUCGGUGGAACGAUUACUUGGCAAGGCGUAUCCAGAAGACGUGGCUCGAUACAAGAAUGGUGCUCUUGGAAUUUUUAGAUUGGCCCCUCAAGACUAUCACCGUUUCCACAUACCUGUGGACGGAGUACUAGGUACUCCAAAGACUAUUGAGGGCGAGUACUACACCGUGAACCCGAUGGCCAUUCGCUCAGCGCUCGAUGUUUAUGGCGAGAAUGUUCGGGUUCUAGUUCCUAUCGAUUCUCCGACGUACGGCCGAGUUAUGGCCGUGUGUGUCGGUGCUAUGAUGGUUGGUAGCACGGUGAUCACGCGUCAGUCUGGAGAACAAGUUGCGCGUGGUGAAGAGUUGGGCUAUUUCAAGUUUGGAGGAAGUACUCUCGUUCUCUUGUUUGAAUCGGGAACGAUGAACUUUGACUCGGAUAUGGUUGAUAACUCGAAGGGCGCACUUGAAACUCUGAUCCGUGUAGGAAUGUCCAUUGGCCACAGUUCCGAUGUCACUCAGUUUGAGCCAGAUGUGCACCAAAAAGAUCAUGAGAUCUCACUAGAAGAAAUGGAGGAAGCCAAGCGCAGGAUUGCUGGGUAG